CGGAGCCGGGGAGGCAGCGCCGAGCCGAGCGGGUGCCGGGCGGAGCGAGCAUGAAGGACCGAACGGGGGAGCUCCGCGCGGCUAAGGACAGCGAUGAUGAUGAUGAAGUCACCGUUAGCGUGGACCGGGAUCGCUUCAUGGAUGAGUUCUUUGAACAGGUGGAAGAAAUUCGAGGGUUCAUCGAUAAGAUUUCUGAGAAUGUGGAGGAAGUGAAGAGGAAGCACAGUGCUAUUCUUGCGUCCCCCAACCCAGAUGAGAAAACAAAGGAGGAGCUCGAAGAAUUAAUGUCUGACAUCAAAAAGACGGCAAACAAAGUGCGCUCCAAGUUAAAGAGUAUUGAACAGAGUAUUGAACAAGAGGAAGGAUUGAAUAGAUCAUCUGCUGACCUGAGGAUAAGGAAAACACAGCAUUCCACAUUGUCGCGCAAGUUUGUGGAGGUGAUGUCUGAGUACAAUGCCACCCAGUCUGACUACAGGGAGCGCUGCAAAGGGAGGAUUCAAAGACAGCUGGAAAUCACUGGCAGGACCACAACCAGUGAGGAGCUGGAAGACAUGCUGGAGAGCGGGAAUCCGGCCAUCUUCUCCUCCGGGAUCAUCAUGGAUUCCAGCAUCACCAAGCAGGCACUGAAUGAGAUCGAGACACGGCACAGCGAGAUCAUCAAGCUGGAGAACAGCAUCCGGGAGCUGCAUGACAUGUUCAUGGACAUGGCCAUGUUGGUGGAGAGCCAGGGCGAGAUGAUUGACCGCAUUGAGUACAACGUUGAGCACUCUGUGGACUACGUGGAGCGGGCUGUGUCUGACACCAAAAAAGCUGUUAAGUACCAGAGCAAAGCCAGGCGGAAGAAGAUAAUGAUCAUUAUCUGCUGCGUGGUCCUGGGCAUCGUCAUCGCCUCCACCUUCGGCGGCAUUUUCGGCUAGACCUUGCCAAGGCGAAACGUUCUCUGUAGACAAUGCGAUGGAGCUGCCGAGCUGCCAGGGCCCAGCUGUGCCUGAGGGGGGGCCAAGCCCUGCAGCUGCCAGGGAGGGGCCUUCCCAGCAGAAUUUCAGUUUCUAAUGCAUGAUCGUUUUGUAACACUGUGUGUACGGUGCGGUGCGUCUGUGUGGCGAGGGGGGGGCUGGGCCAUGGGGGGAGCUGGGCCCGAUGAAGGGCAGAGCACGCAUGCCAUACUGAGCCUAAAGCAAGGCAGCCAGCUGGUGCAGUGGGGGGAGGAGGGAGGCAAGCUGCCAUCAUGUAGUGAGUCUCCUAGCACGGUGCCAGGCGCAGGACAGCAGGACGUGCCAACGGCACUGGGCGAGAGAGAGCAAGGGGCAGUGCUGUGUCCCCCACUGAGCAGAGCUAGCCAGCCAGUCCCCACCCAGCUUUGUAGCCUGGCACUGCCAGUGGGCAUUCACUGGCAAUCAUAGCGCCUUCUGCAUCUGCUAUGCGAGGGCAUUACUGACAAAGUGCCACAUCCCUCUGCCUGCUCCCUGCAGUGCCCCAUCCUAGGGUACACCUGGCCUGCAUCUGCCCCUCUGCUGCUUCCCGCAGUGCCCCUCUCCCUAGGGUACACCUGGCCUGCAUCUACCCCUCUGCUGCUUCCUGCAGUGCCCCUCUCCCUAUGGUACAGCUGGCCUGCAUCUACCCCUCUGCUACUUCCCGCAGUGCCCCAUCCCUAGGGUACACCUGGCCUGCAUCUGCCCCUCUGCUGCUUCCCACAGUGCCCCAUCCCUAGGGUACACCUGGCCUGCAUCUACCCCUCUGCUGCUUCCCGCAGUGCCCCUCUCCCUAGGGUACACCUGGCCUGCAUCUGCCCCUGUGCUGCUUCCCGCAGUGCCCCUCUCCCUAGGGUACAGCUGGCCUGCAUCUACCCCUGUGCUGCUUCCCGCAGUGCCCCUCUCCCUAGGGUACAGCUGGCCUGCAUCUACCCCUCUGCUGCUUCCCGCAGUGCCCCUCUCCCUACGGUACAGCUGGCCUGCAUCUGCCCCUCUGCUGCUUCCCACAGUGCCCCAUCCCUAGGGUACACCUGGCCUACAUCUACCCCUCUGCUGCUUCCUGUGGUGCCCUUUGCCCUAGGGUACACCUGGCCUACAUCUACCCCUCUGCGGCUUACCGCAGUGCCCCUCUUCGCAGGGCAUGCCUGGCAUUGCUCCUGCCCCUCUGCUGCUUCCUGCAGUGCCCCCGUCCCCAGGGCAACUCUGGCACUGCACCUGCCCCUCUGCUGCUCCCUGCAGUGUUUCCCUCCCCCAGCCAUAUGUGGCACUGCACUCACCCUGCUUCCUGCAGACAAGGCGCCAUACACACCUCUACCUGCUCCCCACAGUGCAUGCCUUCCCCGGCCAUACCUGGCACUGCAUCCACCCCACUGCUUCCUGCAGUGCACCCCUCCCCAGGGCAUGCCUGGCACUGCACCUGUCCCUCUGUUGCUUUCCACAGUGCCCCCCUCCCCAGGGCACUGCUAACAAAGCAUCAUGCACACCCUGCCUGUUCCCCACAGUGCUCCCUCCCCUGACCAUACCUGCCACUGCACCCACCUCUGCCUGCUUGCUGCAGUGCCCACCUCCGCUGGCUGGCUCUGACCUCCCCUCUCUGGCUGUUUGGUGCAAGGCCCAGUCCCUGGUGCUGCCCCUUCCCCUCCCCUCUGGCUGGCUGCAGGGGGCUCAUUUCCCUUUGCUGCUGCCCUGCUGUGGCUGGAGUGUGUUUUCCGCAAGGCUAGAGUUCCGGUGUGGUUGGCUGGGCCCGGUUCCGGGGAGAGGGGAGCAGGGGUUGGGGUAGGAUGGCAUGUGCUCUGCUGCACUGCCCCCCCCUGCCCCCAGCGAGCACUAGGACCCUCCUGUGCUGAUGCUUCCCAAGUGCUGGUGCAGGUUCCCUGGGGGGCUGCACCCCUUUAGAAUCGGCCCACGGCAUCAGCGCUCCCUGGGCUGCUCCAUGCCCGCUUGUCCUAGGGGAGAUGGACAGCACCAAUCAGGCAAGGAGCUUGGUGGCCACUGCAUGGGCCUGGCGCCACCUGAGGCUGGGCAGGAAGCAUCUAGGGAUGAGGCUAGAGCAGAGGCUCAGGCUGUCCUGGGUGUGGGUCACUGGGGAGCCCUUCCAGUGCUGGGGCUCCUGCAGGCCCCUAGCCCCCUCACCCAUGGUGGUAAGGGGCACCAGGGCCCUGCACUGCCUUGUGGCUGCAUUCAGCCCUCUGAGGCUGGCACAUGGGGGUGGAGAGGUGACCGACUGCUUGGCACUGCCCCGGGGAGGGAUCCCACUGGCUGCUCUUUCCUGUCCCCCUCCCCGCUGGGCGUGGCACUGUGCACCUGGGGUGGAGCUAGGUGGGAUUUCCCAGCCCCCCAUCACCCUCCCUUGUGACAGACUUGGGCUCUUAGGUCUCCCAACCCUGCUGUGUCUGGCCAGUUGGGGAAGGGCACAGGCUGCACAUGGGAGCCCUGAAGCUGCCCCCCCCCAACAGCCUGAGGCCCCCACAGAGCAGCCAGGCUCCUGCGCUGCCCGUGGGCAGCUGCCGUUGGGUGUUGUAAGCUCCGGCUCUUCCAGCUCCGUACGGGACAGUGUUGCAAGCAGGGCCGGCGCUUCCAUUUAGGCUACCUAGGCAGUCGCAUAGGGCGCCGGGAUUUGGGAGGGCGACAUUUUGCGGCCCUCGGCGGCAAUUCCGUAACAGGGGGGUCCUUCCACGCUUCAUGUCUUCAGCAGCAAUUCGGC